AUGGCUGCCAAAGGAGGGGGAGCCAAGCCCGUCACCCAGUCCAGGAUGGAGAACUUCCGAAAGGUGAGGACCUCGGAGGAGGAGACCCCCUUGCCCUUCCCUGACCUGCCCCCAGACGUGGUGGAGAUGAAGGUGAAGGAGGGCAGCAAGAUCAGGAACCUGAUGAACUUUGCCAUGGCCCAGAUGGAGCUGAAAGGCAGCCGGCAGAUCGUCUUCAGCGGCUGCGGCAGGGCAGUCACCAAGACCAUCACCUGCGUGGAGAUCAUGAAGCGGAAGCUGGGAGGUCUUCACCAGGUCACCAAGGUGCGCUACAAAACCUUGCUGGAGGUCUGGGAGAACCAGGACCCGCUGCCCGGUGGCCCGGCGCAGAACCUGCCCGUCCAUAAGAACGUCCCCUCCAUCUGCAUCCUGCUCUCUCGAGACCCCCUGGAUCCCAACCAGACAGGCUAUCAACCUCCGGAGCCCUGGCAUGGGCUGGGGACACAGCUCACUGCUGCAGGAGAAGACACCUCCAGCUCCUCCACCAAGGGGCUGAAGCGGCCCCUGCCACCUCCCCACGAGGAGCUGCUGACCAAGAAGUUGCAGGUACAGGUACCCGACAGCCUGAGGGGCUCGGGGACCAUGGACCGCCAGCCGGACAGCCACCACUGA